AUGGAUAAUGCAGCUUCAGUGGCCGGUCCUACUCAAGGGAGCCUAACUUGGCGGCUUUCUUCCCAUCCGAUUACGUUACUUUGCUUUCUGGCGUUUCGUCUAUCUGCGCUGUUAACAUAUCUCUUUGGGCUGUUGUUCACCGACAAUGAUGUUCUCAUUUUCAUUAUCGUUAUUCUGCUAUUAUCCGCCGAUUUUUAUUAUUGUAAAAACAUCGCUGGGCGUCGCCUCGUAGGGCUAAGAUGGUGGAAUGAAACAAAUGGCCAAACUGGUGAACAGACUUGGGUCUUCGAGAGUGCAGACCCAUCCCGCGUUAUCAACGCCACCGAUUCUCGGUUCUUUUGGUUAUCAUUAUAUAGCGUACCAGUCCUGUGGGGGCUUUUAGCUAUUCUCGCACUGGUUCGAUUCAAAUUUACAUGGCUACCCCUCGUCGCCAUUGCCGUAACACUUUGUAUCACGAACACCCUUGCGUUUUCCCGCUGUGACAAAUUCUCCAACGCGAGCAGCAUCGCAAAUAGAGCUUUCUCGGGAAGUGGUAUAGCUGGAACCAUUGCAAGUGGUAUGGUUAGUAGGUUAUGGAGCAGGUAG